AUGUGGCCGUUCAAGUCUUCACAAGUCGGGGUCAAGGACGCUGCCCCCGGCGCAACAUUGCUACAAUCAGAAGUACCAAUGCAAGCGACCGUGCCUUCACCAAUCUCCCAAUCAGCCUCGCAUCCACCGACAGAGAACACGCCUGCUACAUUUACGGGAUGGCCGAACGAACGACUCUCAAUUCCAUUCGUUCUUCGAGCUCCUACACUGAUGAUAGCAUCCUUUGCUUGCGGGUUCACCCUGGGCUCUUCCCAAGGGGCAACCAAGGGCGCAUACCGAUAUCGCGCAGAGAACGCCCAUCGCCUGCCAACGACACAGACCGGAUGGUUUCUUUACCAGAAGUCCAAGAACUAUCAUGCCAUGCUCGCUGGAAUAAAAGAAGGGGGCAGGUUUGGUGCUAUAUGUAUGGGCUGGGCAACACUGUUUAUGAUUACCGAAGAGAUGGUCGAUCUGUCCAGAACCAGACUUCUGGCUCGAAGAGACGAGGAUGUGGCAGCGGGACAACGAGACGCCGGGAGUACUGUCAUUGCCGGAAUGACCCUGGCUGGAUUCUAUGGCUGGAAAAAAGGACUGGAUCACUUUGCGGCUGCUAGAACUGCGAAGACAGCAUUCAAGUUCUCCCUAGCAUACGGCUUGAUCCAGGACUUACUAGCGACUGUGCGAGGGAAUCCUCCAGCUUAUGUUGUCUGGAUGAAAAGAAAGAUGUUCUCGCGCGCUAGUGUGGAAAACAUUGACUAUUAG